ACUCCUCCAUGGACGGUGAGGAGCCCCUCUCCGCUCUCCAUCAUCAUCCGCAGAAAGAAAAAAAAAUGCGAGCGACGGACGGGAACAAAAUGUCAACUCGGGCCGCUCUCCCUCACCCGCAGACAUGAGCGAAGUGCCGCCCGCCUCCCGCACCCGCACCCGCAGCAAGUCGCCCUCGCCACCAUGCGGAUCCACGGCAAAGUAGCUGUGAUCGCCGUGUGCUUCGGAGUUUUCCUACUUUUGUACUUUUGGGGGGGCAAUGCCGCGGACGAUCCGUUGCCGAGAGAAGUUGCGGAGGAGCGGGAGAGGCAGGGGGAGGAGGAGGAGGCGGAGGACAGAAAGUCCUCCCCGGUGCCCGCGGAGCUCCGGCGCGACGUCGCGCCGAAGUUUGCCCCGAGGGCGUCCACUGGAGUCGGCGUGCGCCCGGAGCAGCCCCCCGGGGGACGGAAGCGGCCCAGGGCGAUCAACAGAGGUGCCAGCGUGAACGUGAAGAGCAAACCGCAGAGCCGCAUCGCGGUCCGACCUGUGAUGAGGCGCGCCCGUGCUGAGGAGUUCAUGCACUUGGCCGUGGUGGCUUGUGGGAAUCGCCUGGACGAGACGCUCGCCAUGGUCAAAUCAGCCCUCCUGUUCAGCCUCAAGAAGAUCAAGUUUCACAUUUUUGCCGAGGACCCCUUGGCCCCACAGUUUGAAGAGAGGCUGAACCAGUGGCCUCGCUCCGUCUCAGCCAUGUUCCGGUACGCCGUCUACCCCAUCACCUUCUCCGUGGGGAACGCCGACGAGUGGAAGAAGCUCUUCAAGCCCUGCGCCGCGCAGAGACUCUUCCUCCCCGUCAUCCUGAAGGACGUGGACUCAUUGCUCUACGUGGACACGGACGUCCUGUUCCUGCGGCCCAUGGACGACAUCUGGGGUCUCCUGAAGUCCUUCAACGGCACACAGCUGGCAGCGAUGGCUCCGGAGCACGAGGUCCCCAAGAUUGGCUGGUACAGCCGCUUUGCACGCCACCCGUUCUACGGGGUCACGGGGGUCAACUCCGGGGUCAUGCUCAUGAAUCUGACAAGGAUCCGCAGCACGUUGUUCAAAAACAGUAUGAUCCCCAGUGGCCUGUCGUGGGAGGAUCUUCUGCAUCCGCUCUAUCAGAAGUACAAGAACCACAUCACCUGGGGAGACCAGGACCUCCUCAACAUCAUCUUCCACUACAACCCAGAGUGUCUCUACAUCUUCCCCUGCCAGUGGAACUACAGGCCUGAUCACUGUAUGUAUGGGAGUAACUGUAAAGGGGCUGAGGAGGAGGGCGUGUCCAUCCUGCACGGCAACCGUGGAGUGUAUCACGAUGACAAGCAGCCGGCCUUUAAAGUGGUCUAUGAUGCAAUACGUGAUUUUCCCUUUGAGGACAACAUGUUCCAGUCGCUCUUCUACCCCAUCCAGACCAAGUUCCUGGACACGGUCAACACCCUGUGUGGUCGCAUUCCUCAAGUCUUCCUCAAGCAGAUAGAAAAGACCAUGAAGAAGGUGUUUGAGGAGAGAGUGAUCCAACACGUCAGACCGCACAAAUAACCAAUGGAGAAAGAGGACUCUUCUGUUUUAAUCCGACCACGCUACGGACCGUCUUUGCUGUGAACUGUACGUCACACCGGCAUCUCCCGAGUAGAAGUGACGGCUCAGCGUUUGCAGUGUAUUCGACACGCGACACUUCAUGGAAAAUGGUCUCAUGAACAUUAUGACCCUCUCGUGGUGGCGUGGGUAAAAAGCCUAUUGUAUACAGAGAAGCAUACAGUGCUGGUCAGUGAUGCCGUAGAAUAGGUUUGCCUUAUUGCCGUCUUUAAAUGUUCACAUCCCAGUUACGUAGGUGGUGAUGAAAUGUAUGAGAAUGUUGAAAAGCUACAGUGGAGAAGGGGAAAAAAAUUACUUUUUUCUUCAGAAUAAUUAAAGCAUCGGCUCUUCAUCUCAAGCGUAAAGGCAAAAUUGAGGGACACAUUUUGUCAAUCCAGCGUUUGGCUAAAGUAUCUGCCGUCUUUAUUUUUUCCUCACGAACAUGGUGUCCUUGAAACAAAGUCAACUUUGGGCUUUGGGAACAUUUUACUACUUUGAGUAGUAAAUUCAUAAACCACUCCUUUAAAAUCACGUGAAUGUUUUACCAGCAAAUGACUUGAAAUGUGAGCCUGAGCGAAAGAGUGCAGAUUGUGAGGUAUUGGUGUGUUCUGCAGUUGACAAAUGCCACUGACAGUGUUAAAUACAGGUCAACAGAGCAAGAAUGAACUUUUUUAUGUUACACGCCGAAUGUUAAAAUGCACUUUCAGAAUGAUAUUUGGACUGGACAGUUGUUUGGUGACACAAGACGUUGCGCUGUCCGAGUAAAUCAAUACCAAAAGUGCUAGCGUUUAAAAGGUGACAUACUACAACACUACCGCUGAUUAUGUGCCAUAUAUUCAUGUCUACCAUGUUUACUAUUAUAAGAAAGUGAGUGGUAUAGAUGUGUGUGUUUGAGUGGGUAUCUUAAUUUGUAAUAUGAAGUGUGUUAUGUUGUGAACACAUAUGGUCAUAUGUUUUAGCAAAUGUGGCUUGAUUGUCCAAAUGUAUCAAAUGAUUCCGACUGGAAACUGAAAAUGGCUGUGUGCAGUCAUCAUGUGUUUCUAAAUAAAACAAUGCAAUGUCCAGA